GGCCGGAAGCAAAUACGGAGCAUCCCCGGGGACUUCACCGGAAAAGUGGACAGCACUUCCGCCGAGCGCCGGGCAAGAUGGGGUUCAUCGGCGACCAGGUGGAGGCGAUCCGCUCGAUGCAGGUCCGCCAGGUGCUCGCGCAGAUCAUCAGCCUCGGUAUGAUUGUUACGUCGGCAUUGAUCAUAUGGAAGGGGUUGAUGGUUGCGACUGGGAGUGAGUCCCCGGUGGUCGUAGUUCUUUCUGGUAGCAUGGAGCCUGGCUUUAAAAGGGGUGAUAUCCUGUUUUUGCGCAUGAGUGAAGAACCCAUCCGUACUGGAGAAAUAGUUGUUUUUAAUGUUGAUGGCCGUGAAAUUCCAAUUGUUCACCGUGUGAUUAAGGUUCAUGAACGCCAGGAAAGUGCUGAAGUUGACAUCCUCACAAAAGGUGACAACAAUUUUGGGGAUGACCGACUGCUGUACGCACACGGUCAGCUGUGGCUUCAGCAGCACCACAUCAUGGGGCGGGCUGUAGGCUAUCUUCCAUACGUUGGGUGGGUUACCAUUGUGAUGACUGAGAAGCCGAUCAUCAAGUACCUUCUGAUUGGCGCACUGGGCCUGCUGGUGAUAACGUCGAAAGACUGAAGAUUCCACCUUGUCACAGGGUCGUAGUCUGGUCUUGUAGUAGCGCAGAAGUAACCGACAGCUGAAGAUGUUGCAUCGUGUAUUGAAUGGAAGUUUUCAUGUGUCUGUUUUGACUUCUCGUGUAUUGAAUGGAAGUAACCGACACCACUUCGACGUUCGUGUCUUCCUAGUGUGGCCAGUGUUGGCUCUGUGGAGGAUAUGGGAGCGGAGCUAUAUGGUUGUCUCCUCGGGGCAGUUUGCUGUGGUCGUGGCUCCAGUGUUACAGAUCAUGCAUGAGCUUCUGGAGCUAUGCCUGAGCUCUGCUUUGCCUCUGUCAAUCGAGCAUAUGAAGGUGGACUCCA